ACCAACUCACACUCUACUUCUACCCAGUCUUCUCUCUGACUGCCUCCCUCCCACGUACAGACGCUGAGUUGAAAAUUCAGUUGCAGAAAAUCAAGGGCCCAGCCGCGGCGUAACGAAACCCGAUCUCUGCGCUCACCCGGACCCGAUACAAAUGAAAUCCGCCGCCAAAGUCUCGCUCAACCCGCUCGGCGCCUACGAGCACAAGAGGGAUGCUUAUGGAUUUGCUGUGAGGCCUCAGCAUGUACAACGAUACCGAGAAUAUGCCAGUAUCUACAAGGAAGAGGAGGAGGAAAGAUCAGAAAGGUGGAAGUCUUUCCUGGAACUACAAGCAGAGUCUACUGAAUUGCCAGUAGAUGGAUCAUCUAAGGGACAAGAUAACUCGCUUGUCGAAGCCUCAGCAAAAGAACUAGACUCCAAUUCAGAAAAGGGUGUUGAUGGUGAUGAUUUAAGUGACCAGAAGACAGGUUCUGAUUCUCCAACCAAAAGCGACAAUGACAAGGAGGAACUGGCAGCUAAUGACAAAAAAGCUCGUGGCAUCCAAAUAUGGAAUGAGAUUAGACCAUCCCUUCAUGCCAUUGAGAAUCUGAUGAGUAUUCGUAUAAAGAAGAAGAAGAACAAUUUAUCAAAGCAUGAGCAGGACACAGGAACUGGGAAGCCACUUACUUCUAUUCAAGAGGCUAGAUCCCCAAAAGGAGCAUCUGAGGAGGAUUCCGAGGAUGAGUUCUAUGAUGUGGAGAGGUCAGACCCAGUUCAAGAUGUCCCUUCGAGUGAUAGUCUGAGUACAUCUGCAACCGGUGCUGCUUCUGACACAGUUGGUUCAGAAUCUUUAUUUCCUUGGAAAGAGGAAUUGGAGGUUCUUGUUCGUGGGGGAGUGCCAAUGGCUCUCAGGGGAGAGCUUUGGCAAGCCUUUGUCGGUGUGAAGGCACGGCGCGCGGAUAACUAUUACCAGGAUCUGCUAGCUUCUGAAACUAAUGCUGGUGGUGAUGUGGAAAAACAUAGCUCGGAAUCAGACAGUGAUAGCAAAUUGUCAACAACAGAUCCUGUAUCUGUACCUGAAAAAUGGAAAGGGCAGAUUGAGAAGGAUCUACCUCGAACAUUUCCAGGUCACCCUGCUCUUGAUGAAGAUGGUAGAAAUGCUUUGAGGCGUUUGCUUACCGCAUAUGCGCGACACAAUCCCACUGUUGGGUACUGUCAGGCCAUGAAUUUUUUUGCUGGCUUAUUACUACUUCUCAUGCCUGAAGAAAAUGCCUUUUGGGCUUUAAUGGGGCUCUUAGAUGAUUAUUUUGAUGGCUAUUACUCCGAGGAAAUGAUAGAAUCUCAGGUGGAUCAACUUGUUUUUGAGGAGUUGGUGCAUGAGAGAUUUCCUAAAUUGGUCAACCAUCUAGGUUACCUGGGAGUGCAGGUGGCAUGGGUUACCGGGCCAUGGUUCCUUACCAUUUUCAUGAACAUGCUUCCAUGGGAAAGUGUUCUUCGGGUCUGGGACGUUCUUCUUUUUGAGGGGAACCGCGUGAUGCUGUUCAGAACAGCACUUGCCUUGAUGGAGUUAUAUGGCCCUGCACUGGUUACUACUAAGGAUGCUGGAGAUGCUGUCACUCUUCUGCAAUCACUGGCUGGCUCUACAUUCGAUAGCAGUCAACUGGUAUUGACUGCUUGCAUGGGUUACCAAAAUGUAAAUGAAACUAGAUUACAAGAGCUGAGAAAUAAACAUCGGCCAGCUGUAAUUGUCGCUAUUGAUGAAAGAUCAAAGGGACUUCAGGCUUUGAAAGAUUCUCAGGGUCUAGCAUCUAAGCUUUAUAAUUUUAAGCAAGAUCCUAAAUCAUUGAUAAUAGAGGCAAAGAAAGCAGAACGUUUGAUCAAUUCACAGACAAAUGGUGAUUUAUCUCGUUCAGAGUCUGGGUCCUCUAAUGCAGAUGAAAUUCUUAUUGGCCUGACUGGAAAUGGGGAAUUAGAUUCCGUUCCAGAUCUUCAAGAACAGGUGGUAUGGUUGAAGGUUGAAUUAUGCAAGCUGCUGGAGGAUAAAAGAUCUGCUGAACUCAGAGCUGAGGAGCUGGAGACAGCAUUGAUGGAGAUGGUCAAGCAAGAUAAUCGUCGGCAACUGAGUGCCAGGGUUGAGCAAUUAGAGCAAGAGGUUGCUGAGCUUCGCCGAGCCCUUUCUGAUAAGCAGGAACAGGAGAGCGUCAUGCUCCAGGUCUUAAUGCGAGUAGAGCAAGAGCAGAAACUAACAGAAGAUGCUCGCAGAUUUUCUGAGCAAGAUGCAGAAGCACAGAGAUAUGCUGCUCAAGUGCUUCAGGAGAAGUAUGAAGAGGCCACUGCUGCGCUUGCGGAAAUGGAGAAGAGAGCUGUUAUGGCAGAAUCAAUGUUGGAGGCUACUUUGCAAUACCAAUCUGGUCAAGUGAAAGCACAAUCUCCACGAUCUGUAUCUUCACCAGUACAAAGCAAUCAAGAGCAGCUGACACAAGAAAUUCCUGCUAGAAAGAUUAGUUUGCUUGGUCGACCAUUUGGCCUUGGCUGGCGCGACCGGAACAAGGGAAAACAUGCUAACAGUGAGGAGCCAAAUGAUGGCAAGUCUACCAGUGAAGGACAGAGCCCCACUGCGGAAGCAGAAGUAAAAGAGACAAAUGUCGUUAAAGUGGAAGAUAAAGAAUAGAGCAGGCCAAAGUCUCUAUUGGUAUAUCCCUAUAGAUAUUCGGUGCCCGAUGGUAUAUUACUCAAAUGUGCAAAAGCUUUGGUAGUAUGCUUUUCUGUGUCCGUCGGUCCAGGGAGAUAUAGUUUCGUAUGUAAUUUUUUAUCCAUUCAUUGUUUGAUUGUUCAUUAAGUAGUGGUAAUAAUAAUGUAGGGGAGGAAGAAGAAAAUGUAGAAAAUAUGGAUGAUAUAUGGUUUACAUAGGUGUAUAAUUUUCGUCGUUCUUGUAUUUGUAUGACUUUUCGAAACGUACAGUUCCUCUUCUUUUCUCUUUUGAUCAGAUAAAUGUAGUUAUGUUGCUCUC